AUGACGCCUGCUCCGGUGGCACUCGUGACAGACAAGGGAAUUGUUGCGCUCAGAAGGGGCCUCGAUGCGUUGGCUGCCCACCUCCCGGCCGCUGAUCAAGUUCCAACUCUGGAGGAGGUCAAGGCAGAACUCAAAGCGAACGAGCCGCCGAAAAACGGCCGCGAAGCAAUUGGCGGCGCCGGCGCGCCGCAGCUUGCCGGCCGGGCGACCCCCGGGGGAUCCCCCGUUCCGGCCCACCGCAAACUGCAGCAGGGGGGGACCACCCUUCACCCGCCACUUAACGCACGCCUCCUGCCAGGACUCCGAGUCGGCCCUCGCCGCGCUGAGUCACCACUGCGGCGCUCCAGUGCCUGUUCUGGACGCGCAGCCGCCGGCGCCUGA